UCGCGUGAAAUUGGUUUGUUUAAUGUGGCAUGGUGCGGUGUCGUUUACAUGCGGUUCUAAAAAUGUGACGCGAGAGUACUCGACAUAGUGAUACACUGGCGCUUCUAUCUAAAAUUGGAACCAGUGGUAAUCUCAUCGCAUCUGCGCCCUGCGUUUUCCUCUGUGUCGCAUAGGCAUUAGGCAGGCGUCGCUCCUGCAGUUAUGUAAUGGCCCUGCGUGUUAGCACGUGCAGCUCUGCACACGGCGGCAUGCACGCGUGGAUACACGUCGGAGCCCCGCGCGCACGCGGCACCGGAACGUCCGGAACCCAGUUUCCUAGCAACACGCUGUUGACGCGACUGCUGACCCAAUGAAUACAAAAACACAUGAUGGCGCCAAUGCGUGGCGAACGCGGGGGAUCUCCUGCGAGGGGCGCGCGCGCUUCCCUGCCGCUCCCCCGCCGCCUCAUCCGGCAGAUCGCGCGACACGUCGCCUCCAGCGGUCGCUCGUUGCGGCGACUUGAGGUCUCCGGCCGCGUCAUCGACAACUUCGACGAUAUUGACGACGCGUCCGACGAAUCUGACAUGGAAACGUCUCAACCUGCUGUGGCGUGCGGUGGCAACGCCGGGAACCUGCCCCCAGCCGAACACGACGACGACCUCACGAGUCUCAGUUGGUUGCAGGACAGGAACUUGUUGCGAGGUAUCAAUCUGACAAAAAGCGACAUGGAAGAUAGUAAAAUGAUAACCAGUCAAGUUGUAGUAAAAACAGAGCCGAGGACGCCGCCGCCGACGUGCCGCGUGCCCUCCCCACCCCGCACGCCGUGCAAGGCUCCCCCCUCCCCCCCGGUGAACGCGCACACCAAGCCCCCCUACUCGUUCUCGUGCCUCAUCUUCAUGGCGAUAGAGGCGGCGCCGGCGCGCGCGCUGCCCGUGAAGGAGAUCUACGCGUGGAUCAUUCGCCACUUUCCGUACUUCAAGCACGCGCCGCAGGGAUGGAAGAACAGCGUGCGCCACAAUCUGUCGUUGAACAAGUGCUUUCAUAAGGUGGCAGCGGCGCCCGGAUUAGGCAAAGGAUCUCUUUGGACGGUAGAUCCUCAACAUCGGUCAACGUUACUGCAGGCUUUCGGUCGUCAACCAGUGCCGCCAGUGGAGGUGGAGUCAGAGCCCACUGAGACGGGCAAGAACACGCCCGACCCGCAGCUGUUCCCGUACCUGGCGCGGCGCCUCGCCGACACGCGCGCGCCGCCCGGCGCCGACGAGUACCUCGCCGCCGCCACCGUGCUCGCCAUGAAGUACGGGCCCGCCGUGCUCGAUCAGCUCCCCCCGGAAGCGCACCUGGUGAUAUCGCGGUGCGCGCGCGACGAGCACUCGUACAGCGGCGGCGAGGAGCGGCGCACGGCCGAGGCGCUGCUCAACCUGGCCGGGGUCACGCCCGCGCACCCGCCGCACAGCUAGCGGUAAUCCUGGGUGGUUUGUGGAACAUUGCGCUUUGCCCAGCUGUGGGACUGAGCGCGCAAGAGCGGGGACGGUAACAUCAAAUGUAAGUCUUCCUAAGGAACUCCACGCUUUUUAAUACAAACGUUUAUUUUGUCACACACUAAGUGGACUGUAUUAUUAUGUGUUUAUUUAUACUUUUUAAAAUUUUAUUUCGUAAUUCGUAUUUGUACUACCCUCGAAAUAUAAAAAAGGUUAUUACAUUGGUGAAUACGCCGUAAUCAAAUAUGAGAUCAGUUAUCAAAAAGGUUUUCCAUUUUGAUUAGUCUAUGUAAAGGAGAUGGUCCAAAAUUGUAUGGAGCCCAGGAUUAGUCAUUGUACCCUGGCGGAAACAAAAGAAAAUAUUUUUUAAUGACAUUUUUAAUGCAGCAGUCGAUUUGACGUUUGCUGUCAAUUGUCAUGUCAUAGUUGCUUUAAGGGCGCCAUCUUGAUAUAACUCACAAACUUGGGUUUUAAUUUUAUUUAGUUCGAAUUCACUUAUUUAGAUUUUAAUAAAAUCCUUGUAUUUUUUAAAUUUUAAUGAUACGGAAUACAAAAGUGGACCUGAAAUGGACCAUUUCCUUUGAAGCGAGCAAUUUAAAUAUAAAUUUAUUGGGACAAAUAUCACCAACUUAGCGUGCAUCCACUACUUAUUAUCACAAAAAUAAAACGCUUCUAUCAAAUUCAUAAAUGCAAAGCUUUUUACAGAUAAAAGCUUGACUCUUAGCUUUGUUAAUCGCGUUCCCGUAUUUACCAAUGUAAUGUUCUAAACAUAAGUCUCAGACCAAUUAUAGAAGGACCCGUAUCGCUCGCAAAUUCACGAACAAAAUUGUCUAUCAUUUUCCGAGGAAUACCAGCUAGGUUUGGUAUUAUUAUAUCUUAUGCUAAACUAGGAAGUUUUUUCCCGUUUUUUAUACCAUCCAACUAUACAAAAAGGUAUUUUUACGAAGCUCUUAAACCGACGAACACGAAUGCAACUAUGAAACAUCGAUAUUAUAGAGACAGGUUUUUAUAAUCGCAUUAGAUCAUUGAUCAUAUACUUUGACAGAAAAGCUAGCGAGGCGGGUCCUAUACAAUAAUUGGUCUGAGCUAUAAGUACAUACUAUAUGUAUCUGAUGACAUCACUAUAUAUAUUUCUGAUAAUUCUUCUCAAAUCUGAUAGUGGUAGAAUUAGAAACUGGUUUUCUACUAGCGUGCGUACAUUUUAUGAUUUAUUUCUGUUUGUACUGCUCAAAUGUUUUUAUUUAGUAAUGCCUUAAUUCUAAGUUAAAAUAUUAUGUAAUAAUAAAUAUUUCGUAGCGUAAAUCUGUACGAUGUAUGGGGCAAAGCCCCGCGCAAAGUGAUUGUUGACAUAUAAGUUCUAAGAACAAGAAAGUAUGGUUCGAUAUCUUUAAAUGUUGCUCGGCAAAAUGUCACUUGUCUAUGAUCACCUCUAUACGUUUAGACAAAAGUUUACCAAUCUCUAGUCCAAUAAAGACAAUUCAAUAGAUUAUUAUUAAAAAAAAAAGUCUUGAACUUUUAGUAAUAUUCAUACAGAUAAUUACUGAUAUAUUAUAUUUAAAUUAAAUUAUUCAAUUCAUAUGAAUAUCAUGAUAUAUUAUUAUUAUUACUUAUAUAGUGUAAGGCUUUUUCUUUGGCUAACACCUGACUUUCCAUUCUAUUUUUAUACUUCAAAAACAUCACUUUUUGUUUCCAUAUUAACGUGUUUUUUUCGUCUCGACCUUUUACCGCAUUUGAAACUUCUUCAAUAAAAUCGGCUAUCCAAAUGUACUCUGGAUCUAUAAAAUAGUUCGAUUAAAAAUAUAAGUAGAAGAUUAAUAAGGAUAGAUGUGAUACAUAUUUUAUUAAAUAAUUGUUAUUAUUGAAAGGAAUGGAUAAAUAGCUUAGUAGUUUCUCCUGCAUUUAGGUUCCCCCUUUUUAAAUAUAGUUGAACAUUCAAAAUAAUAAUAUAUUUAAUAAGAAAACUAUUGUAGUACCUAAGGGAAAAGUGUUUACAUAUUCGUCGAUUUUCAAUCAUUGCAGAUUAUUGCCAGUUUUAUAGUUCUGUUUUAAUUUUGUGAGCUGAUAAUUAAGUUUUGUAUCUUAUUAUUACAUGGACUAACUUUUUAUUUAAUGGGAAUUUAUAAACAAUUUAUUUGUAUGAAGUUAACAGGGGUGUAGCCAGUUGUAUUCAAAGGUGGGUAAUAUAAUUAGGGGAGAUUUCUAGUUCUACAUAUACAAAAAAGUUUGCAAUGAUUUGCUAACUGUAUAAUUAUCUUACUUGGCACGUUUAUAUAAACCAAAAUUAAUUAAUUUAAAUUAGAAGUCAUUAUAUGCUUUGAUUUUUAACUUUAUACAAACCAAGAUAAUAUGGAUGAUACAGACUUACCAUAAUUAAAGCGAACCAUUGCUGCAAUAUAGUAAAAUCGACGGAGAUGUUUAACACUACAUAAAUAGAUUUAAGUUUUAAAAAAGUAAUUUAUUUAGCUUAGUCCGUUUUCGUGCAACAUUAUAAAUAUGAAUUAUGUGAAAUCAUAUUCUAAACUGAGCAUGAGCAAUUUAGAUGUAUCGCAAUAUUAUAAACUAUUUACAUUAUUAUACCUAUGUGAUCUGAAUGUAAUAAUUAUAAUAUUGUAUAUUAUAUUAUACUAUUUAUAAUAUUGUAUAUUACAGGGCAUUUGAAAAUGAUAUAGUACGAUCAAAUAUUGUUGUAUUUAUAUAAUACAACGCGAAUAUACACGAAUAUUUCGCGGAAUUUACAGUAACUAAACUCAAAUAAAUUUAAUACAAUUCUAGGAGGUGUAUUAUUUAAAUAUAAUUGAAAAUUCAUUAAGAAAAUGGUACCAUUAAAAUUAUAAUAGUAAAUUAUCAUCCAGAAGCGUAGCCUGAGCUCGAUUCCGGGGCGGACUAUGCUACUAAACCUAAAUUUUAUUUUCAAAUUUUUAGAUUUUUUUUAAGGCAAUGAAAAUGAUUUACAAUAAGCUACUGUCUCUUGUACUUUAAAGUGAUAUAAUCUUAAUCGACACAUAAUAUGAAUAAAGAUAUAAUAUUUAUAGGUAUUAGGUAUAAGCUGUAUUUUGUGUUCAUUACUAUGUGAUCUACUUACUAUCGCUUACAACUUUCUAAUUAGUAAAUAUUUCAGUAAUGUCUUGCAUAUUUAUUGUAUUUUACGUGAAUUUCAAAGGGGCCAUCGGCUGGGGGAAAAAUGUCUCUUGACAAAAGAGUUUGGAUGCCAUUUGGAAACAAAAUAUGCUUUUAUUUAUUUAAAUUGAAUAAAAUAUUGAAUUAUUUAAAUAAAAUAUUUAAGGGGAUCUUUUUAGUAAUUCUUCAGUGUUUUAAUUAGUAAUUAAAUUAUUCUAAAAUUUCUAAGUUUAUGUAUAUUGUGUUGCCACUUUUUUAAGAUUUAAUAUUCCUUAUAAUGAAAACAAAGUAAUUAUCAAAUAUUUAAAACAAUGCUUGGUAAGAAUCUGAACGUACGUACGUACAAAAGCGGAUGCGGAAACCUUAUUUAUAUAAAAUCUACUUUUUUUCCAAAGUGCACAUGCAACGAUGCACUUACUACAUUUAAAAUAUAUUUAUUUACUUUAUAUCCCGAGCUUUGGAUGUUGUCUUAAUAUAAUUAUAAUUAAACUAGACUGAUCCACGACUGAUUUGAAAAGCAAUAUUAUUAUUUAGUGAAUAAAAUUUGCUUUCAUUACGAAUGCAAUUUAGAAAAUUACCACACAACAAUUUGAAGAGGAUAAUUAAAGUACGCAAUUGCAGCAAAAAGACAAAUUAAUAUGAAAGAAUAGAUAGAUAGCUAUUCUUUCUUUAAUUAUAUAAAAACGUUAAAAACGUAGCGUUGUCGUAAAUAUAAACUAAACUGUAAACUUUAUCACGUGUUGUGAAGUUUGAUUGCAAAGGUGAUAAUUGCAAUUGCGUUGCGCGAUUGAUCCUCUGUUCCGUUUAAAAAAUACAAUCUAUUCAAUUGCAAGGCAUUAUUACAAUUUGCGGAUUAUGAUAAUUAAAAUAUUGUAUCACUGUAAUUUAUGAUAUGCUGUGUGCCAAAUUGAUAAAAUAAAAAUUACACGUAACCUAUGCGAUACUAAUAUGACCAUUUAGAAAUAUCCAUCGAAUAUGAGUAAAUACUUAAAACAAAAGAGAAUAUUAAUUACUCUACCUGAUAUUGGAUAUAAUUAUAACUAGUAAUUAAAUCAUUAGAGAAACAGAAAUGUAGUAUAAAUUAAAGCAGGUAUAUUUACAUAUAUGGUCAUUUCUAAAUGGUCAUAAGUUAAAAAAAACAAUCCAAAUGAUUAAAUAGGUACCAGAAAUUAAGUGUAUUUAUAUACGAAGGAAAAAGAAUAUAUAACACAUACUUAGAUUAGAUGAUAAGUGAUAUUAUAGUUAUGUAAUUAAUUACCUAAUGCUAAAUUAAAUACAUACAUUUUUGCUGUAUUUAGAAGCGUCUUCCAUCUUUAACUCAUUGAUCUAUUAGAUUAUAUCUAGUCGCGGAAGGAAACAUCAUUAUAAAAAAAUUAACGCUGAAACACAUGAUGAGUUUUAAAGAAUUAUAUUAAAUUUAUAGUUUUCGGUUAUAAACCUGAUUAAGCUAACCUUGAGGGUUUUCUCCAUCAACCCGCGGCAUUGGAUAAGAACGCCGGGUCACUAUCUAGUACCUACUGCGCCACUCGACUGUCAAACAUUGGUUGCCUUUUGAGGUCAACACCAUGUACAAAUGACACCACUUGUACUUUAAAUAAUUGAGCGUGUAUAGAAGGCGUUAUAUUUUAUAUUGUUCAUAAAACAUUUGCUAACAAUUGUAUCUUUACGGCUUUGGUACAUAUUUUUUUCCGCGGCUGCACGGUAAGUAGCCUUUCUUUUGGUGGUAUAAAUGUAAUAUUAUGUAGAUGAAAUUUUACAGCAAUAAUUAGUACCUAACAUUCGCUAGUAGAUGCUAUAUUGUGUACAUUAAGGUGAUUUCGAAAAUAUAUAGUUCUAUUGUAUGAUGUGCGUAACAUCUUGACCGUGGCUUUGGUAUAUGGGAAUAAUGUCAGACUUUAAGUGACACUUUACAAAAAAAAACCCUUUGUGGUAACUCCUUUUGUCUUAGUCGCGGCCAAUCGGUUGUUCGCAAUAACAUCUUGUUUAUUUAAUAAACAACCAUUUGCGAUUGAAAUUUUAUUUGGGAAUAUAUGUUUUUCUCUUACGUUCAAAUCGCAAGUUUAUCUUGCAAAACGUCAAGUUUGCAAAAGAAAUUGUGCUACGAUUUGAAUGUCAGCGUAAAAUCACCAUUUUUUAGGUACACGUACUUCAAAAUUAGAUACGAAGUAGGAAUAUAACACAUGUAGCAUCCAUCUAAGAAGCAGAUGUUUGUGUAAUCAAAAUUACAUGACAUGGUUAUAUCAACAGGAUAUUAAAAUUGUUGCGGCUCAUACUUUAUAAAAAAAGAAAGUAAUAUAUAAUUUAUUGAUUAAUUUAUUUAAAUUAGUUUGUAAUGUUGUUAUUGAUUUUUAUAACAAUUGGAUUGUUUGAAAUUAUCGUUUUUAUGACACUUUAUUGGGGGUGGUACCUUGAUAAAAAUGCGUCAAACAUUAGUAUUGCAUUCAAAAUAGUUUCAUUACCAAGAAGAGAAUUUUUCAUAAACUGUUGAAAAAAAUUCCAACCAAGGGGUAAUAAUGCGUGUCAAACACUUCUGACUAGAAGGGCGUAACCCACCCGCCUGCACCCGCAAAUUACGUCUCUGAACAAUAAUAAUUUAUUUUGCUAGUAAUAAAAUUACAAUGUACGUAAUACGAGUAGAGUCGUUUCGUAAUACGAGUGUAUUACGAAAUUUCUAAUUUUAUUUUUCCAUUCCAUUGGUAAAAAUAAAAUAAAAUGAAAAAAAUAGAAUGCUAAGACUUUCGUCUCUCAUAUUACUUCGCUAAUGUACCGCCAAUAAUUUGGAAUAAAUACGAUAUGCGUUUAUAUGUCGGAAAAAUAAUUUAUUUAAGCUGUGAAAUCAUUGUUGUUGUUAAUUUUUUGUCCGGCUUGUGAGCGAACAGCACUAUUAUUACAAUUGUUGAGAGUUAUUGCCAAAUUUUUAUUUGUCCUAAAAAUCGUUUUGUCUGUGUACAUAUCCAUUAAAUAAAUUAUGUACUAAAGGUCA